GAGCAGUAACCGGACACCGACCGUCGGAGAGGCUGAGGCCGGUCAGAGCGCAGCGGAGCCCGUCGGCAGCAGACAGCAGCGGGGCGGAGAGCAGAGUCACACCGAGGAGCAGCAGUCGAGCAGCGCAGCGUGAGGCGGAGGCUCCGGUCCUCCCUGCCGGACUUUACCGGCCUUUAAGCCGCUUUCAGCGCCUCCUCCCGCCGCUGCGUUACCGGAGUUAAAGUGCUGAAGUAGCGGAGCUACGAGACAUGAAGAAGAACAGCUCCGGGAAACGGGGUCCAGCGGACUCGGCACAGCAGAAUGCUCCGCCGGACAAAGUAGGCUGGAUCAGGAAGUUCUGCGGGAAGGGCAUCUUUAGAGAGAUCUGGAAGAACCGAUUUGUGGUUCUACGAGGAGACCAGCUGUUCAUCUGUGAGAAGGAGGUGAAGGAACUGGGUCGGGCUGACGAGGUGUUGGACCUGUCGGACUACGAGCGCUGCGAGGAGAUCAGAAAGAACAAGAGUCGCAGCAAAAAGAACCACAGCAAGUUCAGACUGCAGCGCUGCAGCUCGCCAGGGAACACGGUUCCAAACCUGGUCUUCCUGGCUGUCAGUCCAGAGGAUAAAGAGUCGUGGAUCUCCGUCCUCAACGCUGCCCUCACCAGAGCCAAGAACCGCAUUCUGGAUGAGGUGACGGUUGAAGACUCUCAGCUGUCUCAUCUGACUCGAGAUCGAGUGAAGAUUCCUCACAACCGCCGACUGCCGACCAGAGGUCACCUGCUGGCUGUGGCCUCCACUUCAUCCUCAGACGGGAUGCUGACUCUGGACCUGAUCCAAGAGGAGGACGCUGUGUCUCCCCAAGGUGCCAAUGGCUUCAGGGUUGACGUCGAUAAAACCCGCCUCACGCCAGACUGUCCGAGGUCCAAAACAGAUGGCACCCUCUCAGCUCGGACUGCUGAGGCUUCUGGGAAGUCUCAGAGCCUUCCCCGUGAGGUGGUGGUGGUGUGGGAACAGACGGGCCCAGCUCAAACCCCUCAGGCAGGGAAACGCCUCACAACAGCGGAGAAGAACCGCUGCGCCUCCAUGGACGAGAUCCUGACGCACUCAGAGACUAAAGCUGUCAAGAACAAAGCAGUGUCUCAUUCGUCAGCCUCAUCGACGACCGGAACGGCAGCACCCAUCAACCAGCUGCAGGACCUCAUCGGUCAAAAGCUGGAGAAGACAGAGCAGCUGCUGAUGGAGGUCCGGACAGGUGGCGAGGGGGAGCUGGGGAAGGUGAAGGGCGGGACUGAUGGAGCGCGAGCCGAAGCUGAGAGACUCCUGAAGGAGGCAGCGGCGGCCUGGAACCAGGCCCGCGAGGUUCUGGAGGAGGUAAAGGAGUUGAGGGUGCUAUACCAACAGCUGGACUCCACCUCCGCCGUCAGUCCCACCAACAGCAACAAACUGAGCCCCGACCGCAAGAGCCUGAUGUAAACAGGACCAGUUCAGACUGGUUGGCACUGGGUCAGCCCAGUAGGGACUGGUUCAAACUGGUAGGACCUGGUUCAGACAGGUAGGAACCAGUUCAGACAGGUAGGAACUAGGUCAGAUGGAUCCAGUCCAGGUAUACGCACAAAGCUGAAGGCUGCAGAUGAAAAAUUUUAAAUUAUUUUGAUAUAUUCUCCUCAUAAACAUCUGGACCAUAAAGUCUCCAAUCAACUGAAUGAUGGUUGUUGAUGAAGCGUUUUAAUAUUUGAAGGAAACUUUCUGUUGUCAAAGUGCAUGAAAAUGUGCCAAGAGGAGAGUUAAGGGUCCACAGCUUUGGAUCCUUCACGUUCUGCUAUGAUGUGAUUUAUGCAGCUGAAUGGUACGAAUGCAGGAUAUGGUGAAGCUGUGAAGCUCAGUGGUGAAGGCCUCCUCUGGACUCAUGGUUCUUUAACUGAUCGCCUUUAUUGAUCUGCAGGAUCUUUAAGGAGAACUUUUAUUUUAAGUCACAGAUGUUCAUCUGUGUGGAAUAACAGAACAAAGAAGUAAUGACUGGAGCAGCAGUAGACAUAUAAAUUUACUCAUCUUUUCUGGAGCUUUCAAUACUGUCUCAUUGCCUUCUUCAAGAAAAUGUGACCUGCUCAGGGGUCAUCAACGGUUUUGAGGACUUUUGGUUCCUUUCUUUACAUCUGCCAGGAGGUUCUGCUGUCAUAAGGUGUAGGUAUGAUACCUGGUUUUAAACCAGUUAGUGUUACUGGUUUUGGUCUAGUUUUCUGUUUUAGAACUUCACAUCAAAAACCAGUCCCACCUUUACAGAACACCUGUUGUUACCAAACAGAAACUCUGUUCCUAAGGGACUGCAGAAACCGUCUGAUGUGAUUGAAAGCUCUGGAAAAAGCUGGUGAGCUUUUCCCUUUUCCAUAAAAAAAUUAAAAACAUGUAGAUUUAUUAUGAUCGUAGAUGAAGGAGUUUAUAGUGAAAUGAAGUGUCUUCCCUGAAUGUCGUCCCAGUUUCUUUGGAUUUUGGGUCCAUUUGAGUUUGUAUCCAACAGCAGGUCAUCUGUUAGAGCUCAGGCUGAAACUAAUCAAUAUUUCCAGUCACUUAAUCUGUUGAUUGUUGUCUAUAUGAAUCGAUCAGCUGUUUAGUUAAAAACUUGGAUGUUCAGUUUACUGUCAUAGAAAAGGAAAGAAACCAGAAAAUGUUCAAAUUGAAUCCCAGAAUUUAGACUGUUUCUACAAUUAGAAUUACUUGAUUAUCAAAAUAAUGGAGAAUUGAUUUAUCAGUUGGCAGCUGAUCGAUUUGUUGUUCAGCUUUAAUAUUCAAAUAAUUCAUUCAUCCCUCAAGAGGCAAAGUUUUCAGACAAUUACUCUGUUACUCAGAUUAAAGUUAGAAGGAGAAAAGUACAUAGAAUAAAGGUACGUUCUGUCAGACAGUCCGUUUUUUGGGGUGUGUUUACAUGAACAGGUACUGCUUCCUUUUUGGUUUGUCCCAUUUUAGGUUGGUACAACAUUGUGGACCUUUAAGAAGUCUAAACGUCAGACUUCUUUCUGAAUGUUUUCAGGGAUCACCAGCCUUCAGUCUCAGCUGUAGAUGUUUGUAAAGAUGUGAAGGUUCUGUUCACUUUUAAUUUAACCCAACAAUCCUCAGUAAACCUGACACACCUGCAGACAAAUUGACUGUUUGUCUGUGCAGGUAUCAGGACCUGCUGUGCUAACAAAGCUACCAAACAAAAACUGUGUAAAACUAAACAAUAAAAACUUAAUUUUAAAUUAUAAUAUUAGAAUGAAAACCAGUAAAGAAAAAGAAGGCUAACAAGCAAGCUAGCUGUCCCUGCAACAACAGCAACAAUAUGCUAACUGAGCUAACAAACAAAUUUUGUUGACUUGGUUCAAAUUCAGUGUGGAUGUUUUGUUUAAACAUCCACACUAAAUUUGAAUCUAGUCACCAAACUUCUGUAGUUGCUAAGCUAAUAUUGAAAGAGCUAGAAUUAAUUGGCUAAUGGUGGUGGCUACAGGAUAAUAGUUUACCAUCCUUGCUACAGUAAACUAAGAAUACCGCUAGCUCGCUGUUACCAACUUUUUCCAUCCUUUGGACUGAAAGUGGGACAAAAUAUUAAACAAAAUGUUCAAACAGUAGCUAAGUGAUACGUUCUAAGCUAAAUUUAGCUCAGUAUAUGUACAAACUCACAGUUUGCACGAUCGUUUGAAAUUUUUUUAGUCAUUCUCAACAUCAUGAACUCUUUGUAGUAUUUAGAGAGCUCACAUUAGCUGGCUAAUGCUAGCUAGCUAACAUUAAUUUAGCAUUAGCAAGUACUAGCCAGCUGGGUUUCAUAAAUGAGUGAAGAUGAAGGUGACGUAAUGCUAAACUAACAUCUUUUGACCAACUUCCUGUGCAUGAAACUAAAGAUUUUAAAAAUAUGUCAGUUACUGCAAUGCUAUGAAGAAAAGUUAGCUAACAGAUUAGCUCAGGUUCAGCAGCUAAGAAGAGACGAAUGGUUGUUUGCAGGGAAACGUCAGAAGAGGAAACCAUGAUUUGGACUAAAACGUGUUUCAAAAUGUUACAGUCUGAAUCAAAUAAUAUUAAUAAUCAAAACAAACUGACUACAUUGUUUGUUUAUGUUAACAUGAAAUAAAAGGUAAAAGCCACAUGACUUGUUUUCAUGGGUUCAAAUGGUCUAUAAAUGAUUUGACAGAGACUCAGAUCUUUUAGCAGAUAAAUUAGUAACAGUCAAUGUCAUAAGCACAGUAUAAAACAAAAGAUACUUUCAUUACAUUUGGAAAUGAUAAAGUCAUAAAAUAUUAUUUGAUUAAUGCAGUUUUCAGAUUUCAAAAACCAACAUUUUGACAUUAGAAGUAAUUUUCUUCUAUCAGGUCCUGAUCCUGUUCAGACAAACGCCUGAAUGUUUUUUACUAUUUCUUUGUUUUGGUUCAUCACGACUGUAAUGUUCAUGAGUUUGCUAAAUGACUGUCGUAUUAAAACGACAUGUAUGGAAGCACCUUUGCAGGUACAAACAAUCAUUCAGAGUUUUAUUUUUUCAAGCUACAUUUUGUACUGAUGAAGCUGUUGGAGAAGUGACAAGAUGAUAAAAGUCACAACAUGUUGAACUUUCAUCUGUUUCAGUGGAUUCACCUGCACAGGUUUACCAGAGGCUCAACCAGAAGGUACGAAUGUGAACUUAAAGAAAACAGAACCAACAUUGUAUCACUGGAAAAUGUGGAUUUAGUCAGUGAUGGUGGUUCUCUGAUGUUUCACCUGUUUAAUGGAUUUCAAUGGUACUGUUUGUUCUGUUGCUGGAGCUUGAAGCCCAGAGGGGAUGAUGGGAGAUGUAGUCCAGUAGUGAAGCAGGUUCUGGUGCUGUGAUCAGUUCAUGUGCUAAAAUAAAAGCUGCAAAUUGAA